UAUAUAUCUACUACAACUCCCAGAAUGUAUCGGGGCUCUUUAAUGCUUUUUGCAGCAGCGGCGAACGUCAUACGAUCAGAGCCCUUUGCGACAUACGGAUGUCCUAUGUUUUCGGAUAAGGUACAGAUGACAUGGAGAACUACAGUAAGGCGCGAACGGUGGAACAGCCCUGCCCCUGCCCAUUCCCUGGCCUCUCCAGCGACACCAAUGAGGUUAGAGUGAAGGAUGGCAGCAAGAUCCGCAACCUCAUGCGCUACGCCCUGAGCCGCAUGGAGGUCAAGCCCAGAGCGCUGGAAGGCGAGGGGAUGCAGCCUAAGAGCGAAGAAGGGGGUAGCACCACCGAAGUCCAGGAAGCACCAUGCUCCCAGGCACUGGAAAAGAUGCCUAGCCGGCAGAUAGUAUUCACUGGGAUGGGGAAGGGGGUCUCCAAGGCCAUCACGUGUGUGGAGAUCCUGAAGCGCCGUGUGAAAGGCUUGCACCAGCAGACCAGGCUACUCUUCAGCACUGUCCUGGAGGUGUGGGAACCCCUGGAGCCUGCGGCAGGCCUGGACAGCCUCACCGUCAGUAGGAACAUACCUGCUAUCUGGGUACUGCUCUCCAGAGACCCCCUGGAUGCCAGCCUGCCUGGAUACCAGGCUCCAGGGAACUUUGAUGCCCUGUGGGCACAGGCUGCCAAGGAGGAUGCAGGGGUGGCUGGUGGACAGAGACAUGGGGGCAGGAGGAAGAGGGGAGGUGGUGGUGGCAGGGGUAAGGGACCAGGAGGCCCUGUCAGACAGACUGAUCGAUCCAGAGAGCCAGGAAAAGGCCAGAGUCGUGGUAAGGGGGCGCUGGCAGGGCAGGAAUGAGAUGUGUUCUGUGUGUGGAAGAGGCCUUUGGACCAACCAGUUAUAAUCACAAGACAGUCCCCCAUCGGCCGAUGAGUGCACAAAAUAUCAACCUUUCCAACUUUUCCGUUAUUGUGUUAUGACUCACUUUCUGGGAGAGAGGAUGUGAGCGAGUGCCUAAGGUCAUAGGUCAAGCCUGAGUAUUUUCAGACUUUCUUUGUGCUCUUAUAUUUAAGUUCAAUAUUUUGUCUCAUUUAUAAGUAAAUAAAGUGUAGCCUGUACAUGAU